GAAAAACUAGUAGAUUGUCCAUAAUUAAGUGAAGAAAAAUUGUUGAUUUGAUGAUGAUGAUGGUGGUGAGGGCAAGUGGGAAAUGGGAAAUUGAUGGUAAUUAUAAUGGUGAUGGUAAUUUUGGGCAAUUUUGAGGAGGUUUCAAUAUUGGGAAAUAACGGGGAGGCGAGCCCAAGCCAGUGUAAGGAAGAGAAAGACCUUCUGGUGAAGGAAUGCAAGCCAAUAAUGCUUGGGAGUAAUCCAACAGGAAGCUGUUGCCAAAGAAUAAGGGCGGUUCAUAUGGAGUGUGUAUGCCCUCUUGUAACCCCCAAGAUUGCUAAUCUUAUUAAUAUCAAACGACUCAUCAAGCAGAUGAAAGGCUGUGGAAGAACUGUUCCCCAUCACUUCAAGUGUGGAAGUAUCACUACUCCUUGACCGAAAUGUCUCCUGGAAAAAAGAUUGAUCGUGGUGGCCAUAUAUAGAGUAGCUAAGCUACUAUAUUUAAUAGAAUGGCAUGAAUAUGUAUUCUUAUCAAAGAAAAGAUAAUGAGUCUCUAAUUGUCUUGCCUUUUAGACAAAGAGAUCAA